AUGCCCUCUUCACCGCUCACACCACGGCACUCGCGGCACUCGUCCGCCAUGGACGGCUAUCCCAUCUCCAGCGCCGGCUCGUCGCCCAUCGCCCGCCGGCAAUCCAAAUCCUCGUUCCAAGGCGACCCGAUGACGCCGCUGCAAGGGGAACUCAGCGGCUUCGGCAACAGCGGCAUCCAGGACAACGGACUAGGCAACUUGGCCGACGAGCUCGCAGACGCUUUGUCAGAGUCGGACGAGGAUGAGGACGUGGAGGGGGGGGAGGAAGAAGAAGACGACGAGGAGUUUGGAAGAGCACCCGAUAUCAACUUCGACCUACCCGAGGGUGACGGCCGGGAUGGCUUCGACGGUAUCCGAGACAGCGGCGUCGACGUCGAGAGCCACGUUGGCGACCCCGGCGCGCUGCCCACCCGACUCAAGGUCACAAACCUCAGUCUGCCCUCCCCACAGGCUCGCGGCCAUCGCAGGAAAGCAAGCGACUACGACGGAAGCGAGUACGGCUCCGAAUCCGACCUCGAGUCGCCCGGCCUAAUGCCACCCAGCCUCGUAGCCCGAAUCGACGCCGUCGAGUCGCUUGCGAGGAGAGGCACCGAAAGCGGGCCAGCCGACAGCGUGUUCCAGCGCGUCACAGAGGGGUUGAAAGAUCUGGGCUCGCAGUCGGGCGUGGAAGGGAGCACAACGAGGCUGAUAACAGCGCAUUCAGCGCUCGCGACCCACGUCGCGCACCAGACGCGGCAGCUGCACAACCUCACCUUCCCGUUGCUGUCGCCGCUCGUCGCGCCCCCGGACGCAGAGACCAUCGACGACCUUUUGCCCGUCCUGGUUUCCCUAUCAGAGAACAUGCCGCGCCCGGCGACAUCGGCGUACAACUCGCUAGCGGCGCUGCACUCGGUGACGAAUGAUCUCGUGCAGACGCUGAAUUAUCUCUCCGAUACGCUGCACAUGUCGAGGCAGACGACGACGACAGCUACGCGGAGGCUGAGGAGCGCUAAGGAUAUGGUGGCCGAGAUGAAGCGGGAGGAGGAGCUCAAGGAGGAGGGGGAGCAGUGGCUUUCGAGGGGCAAUUGGGGCGAGAGGUUGAAGAAUCGCGAGUGUGCGAGUGUGUGUAGGGAUGUCGUAGGCGGGUUUGAGGAGGUGUGUAAUGGGUGGCGGGCGAGGCUGUUGGCGCAGGCGGAGUCG